CGAAGUUAACGUUAGUAGCUUGUAGCCUAGCUAUGAAACAUUAAAACAGCCUAGCCUAGCUUGCGAAUAUUUAGUGCAGACAGUUAAAUGGCUGAGUAGCUAGUUUACUAGAGCUGUUUAACACACUCGGAUCAAAUGGUUUGUGAGUCUGUACGGCCAUGGGUGACAUGAAGACCCCAGAUUUUGAUGAUCUCCUGGCAGCUUUUGACAUCCCAGAUGCCACUGGAUUGGAUGCCAAAGAGCCCAUCCAGGGGAGUCAUGAGGAAGCAGAAAGUCAGCUGAAACACACAGAGAUGUGUCUGGAUGACAGCUUACUGACUAACCAAGCUAUACCACCCUCAGAUGUCCCAGCUAUAAGUGUUAUUGUGAAAAAUACAAGUCGGCAGGAGUUACUUGAUGAAUUUGGUGAUAGACUUCACUCGGGACCAACAUUGCAAAAUGGAUUUAGGGGACAAGACACUUCUGUGACCUCUGCUGAGACAACUAAUACCAGCUUCUCCAAACCAUUUGUGUCCACAUUGAAUGGGAGGGCUUCAAGUGAGCUUUCUGGAAAGCCACCUAUACCCGAUGAGGCACCAUUGUUUCCUCAGGCACUUUCAGAUUUAAGUCCAGUCUCCAGUCCUGAGCAUGAAAACACCCAGUCAAGCAGAGAGGAAAUACUUCCAAACGAAGACAGACUAUGUUUCCCAGAAGCUUCAGUUUUGGACACUUCAGUCUGUCACAAUCCCAAAAGAAUGGACCUUAGCAUGUUUGAUAACUCUUCCAAGGACUCUAAUAAUUACGAAAGCAUACAGAGGAUUAAAGGAGCAGAAAGUAGUAGAAGCGAGGAGCUUUCUGACAUCUGUGGAAGUAGUGAAGCAGAGAAAACACCUGGACUACACAGUGAAUUUCCUCCACAAUUAGGAAACCAGAACUUCACUGAAACCAACUGCAAUUCAGGAGCACCAAUGACUGUUCCCAUCCCUUAUCCACAUGUCAAGUCACAGACAUGUAAAUUAUCCUCUUGUCUUGAUGCUCUGGUGGCUCUGAAUGCUAGAAAAGAUCCCAAUGAGCAGACAGAUCACAGAGAAUCCCCAGCUGUUCAAAGUGACUGCAUGAAAGCUAGCCCCAAGGUCCCCAUAUCCCCACGAAGCCCCAGAAGUCCACUUGAAGCAGUAAAACGAUUAAGGAAACCACCUGAUAGUCCUGUGAGUAUCUGCAGUGACAGUAGUGGCAAAGCAUCCCCUGCAGUGGUAUCUGGUUCACCUCCAGCCAUACCUAAGGUCAGGAUUAAGACCAUUAAAACCACAUCUGGGCAGAUCAAGCGUACCGUCACCAGUGUGCUCCCAGAUUCAGAAAAUGACGAAGUGCAUUCUGCCUACGAAUCCUCUCCAUCGCAGAGUAUGAUUAGUGAUGAUUCAUACUGUAAUGCAUCUCCACAUCAGUCUCAAGCUCCUGAUGGUGUUGUUGGGGUGCCAAGUAAAGGUAAUGCAGCCAAUACAGCUUCGGUAAAAGUUUCAAACAGGAAGUCAGAGGAAAACUCCCGGAGGUCAGGUGUAAUGCGCUCUGCACCAGUAGUCCGUAAUACUAAAGUCAAAAGAUCUGCCGCACAUCAAGUGCCCAAACCAAAGAGAGUAUCAGCCACUACAGGCCAUGCAACUACCACAAACUUCCUUCCAAAAGCAAUGCACUUAGCUAGUCUAAACCUUGUCCCUCACAGUGUUGCUGCUUCAGUAGCUGCACGAACCACCUCCUAUCAACAAAGUCAAUGCACACUCUCCUCCACAGUGUACAGUACUGUCCCAUUAGUGCAUCAGGUCAAAACAGCCAAUUCUUAUCCCCGCAUGUCUAAUCCGAACCCAUCUGCAGGAACUUUAAACAGACUGUUGAACAGUGCCAACCCUGUGCCUACAUAUGUGCCAAACUUGAACCCACCUCCGGGAACCAAUAUCAACCUUCCACCACAUGGAUACUGCUGCCUCGAGUGUGGGGACUCCUUUGGGGUGGAGAAGAGCCUCGCAUUUCAUUACAGUAGGAGGAGUGUCCACAUUGAAGUAGGAUGUACACACUGCGCAAAGACUUUGGUGUUUUUUAACAAGUGUGCCUUGUUGGCUCAUGCAAGGGAACACAAGAACGGUGGCACAGUGAUGCAGUGCACACAGCUCAAUUUGAAGCCCAUAGCAGAAGAAAAAAUGUUUGUACCCCUGAGUAGUGAACUGGUUAGUGUGGGCACUUACUCCUCACCAUUAGUCUUGCCUAAAAGUGAGCCUGUCCUGCCCUUGUAUCCGGAAAGCGUCAUCCGCCAUCGACUCCGUUGUUUGGAGUGUAACAAGCAGUUGCCUGACUACAAAGCACUCGCAGGCCAUUACCAGAAGCUGUCAGAAGAUACAGAAGAACUGAUCUGUAAAGUUUGCUCAAUGCUGCUGCCCAACAAGUGCAGCUUCAGAGCUCACCUACGCAUUCAUGCACAUAAGUCCCCUUACUGCUGCCCUGAGUGUGGUGCCCUGUGUCGUUCUGCAGACAUCCAAAAGCACGUCAGGGAAAACUGCCUGCACUAUGCUCGCAAGGCUUGGUACAAAUGUCUUCACUGUGAUAUGGUUUUCCGGACCCUUCAAGGACAAAAGACUCACAUCGAAGAAAAACACUGUGAGGUCUUGUACAAGUGCUCCAUCUGCCCGGUUGCAUUCAAGACCUCCGACAGCUGUGAACUGCAUUUGAAAAAUAAACACAGUACUAACAAAACAACUCCAGAGUUAAUCUUAAAGUGUUCCUGUGAGAAAAUGUUCAAGAAAAAGCAGCUACUGUUUCAGCAUUUCUAUCAGAAUGCCAGCAAGCGUGUUACGUCUGUAUUCAAGUGUCCAGAAUGCAACUCAGUCUUUCCACAAAAGCUGCUAUUAAUGCAGCAUUUCAAGGGUGUGCAUGUAGGAAACACGAGUGAAGAGACAGAGAAGAACAAAGAAACUAAGCAUGCUGACUUGCACCAGGAGUCUCAGUCUAUCCAAAAACAGAAGAGUCACUACCCUGUUAAACAGACAGUUGCUACUAGAGAGAAGUCUGAGCAAGACGGCAAAAUCCUAAAUCGUGUGAAACCCGCUGGAUGGACAUGUAACGAGUGCCUGCAGCAGUUCACUGAGCGAGAUGCCUACGUUUCCCAUUUGAAGACCAAACACGGAAAGUCCGUGAAGAAGUAUCCAUGUCGACACUGUGUGUUGUCUUUCAACACUGCAAUCAGUCUGAGACGACACAUUCGCAAUGACCAUGAUGGGAAAAAGAGGACUUAUACCUGUUGGUAUUGCACGGACAAGAAGACAAUAUUCACGUCAAGUGUGAUGUUGAAGAACCACAUCAGCCUUAUGCAUGGAAUAAAAAAUCCUGAUCUUAGCCAAAUGCCAAAAAUGCCCAUCCAAGUAGACAAAAAUGCUUUGGACAAGAGGCUUGUAUCAGCAACACCUGAUGUGGGCACGCAGAUGGAGGUUCAGGAUCCUGCAGGUAGUCUCGAGGCUCCUUCAGCUAAGCGUCUGAAAACUCAGUUCCGCUGUUCGAAGUGUGGCUUCAUCACAGACAACAGCACAGAGUUCCAGCAGCAUAUACCUCAGCAUAAAACUGACGAGAACACUCCUCAGUGCCUUCACUGUGGCCUGUGUUUCACGUCCGUGCUGUCUCUCAAUAGACACCUUUUCAUCGUACACAAAGUCAAAGAUCCAGAGGAAGAGGAGAAAAAAGUAGAGGGAGAUGCUAAUGAGAAGGAGCAGGAUAAUCAGCCGGCUGGAUCUGCAGAAUCUGAUGAGGAAAACGAUUUGUUUCACCAGCUAAACAAAUCUGAUCCCUCACAGGCCGGAGAGCAAGAAAGUCCGCACUGCUCCACGAGCACAGACUGUAACUUAAAUCUGAGCACUCACUCUCAGACACAAGCAGUCUCUCUCCAGCAGUGAGAGCCACUUCAGCUCCUGUUUAAAGCUGCUUUAAUAUCCUCAGUUUUCAUGUGAAAGUCAUAAGGGAUGCUUGAUGUUUUUAGGCAGGUGGUACAAAGAUGUAAUGCCUUUAAUUUGGACAACCUAUUUAGAGGCGGUGCAGUAUAUUCUAGCAGAUACAUAUAUUUAAUACAGAACAAAUAUUUUCAUAUUAUUUUUUUCUUUUUUAAUUUAACCUUGUAUGUUGGUAAUAUAUUAAUCUUGCCUUUCACAUAUAACUGCACUCAUCACUCAUACUACGGUUAAACAUUUCCCCCUUCUGUUUUUUUCUUUUUUCAUCAAAAUUUUUUGCUUAACAUUUUCCAUCCACCCUGGCGGGAGACUCAGGAAUGUGUGUUUGUUUUACGGUCUGGUAUUGAUUAUUGUAACAGUAUAUUGGUGGAGUUUCAGGUAUUGUUUCAAAUUAUUUAAUGCCUCACACUAAAUCCUGAAUGAUUCAGGCUGCUUUUUUAAUAUUAGUAGGGUUUUAUUUUUUACGAAACACAGGAUAGUUCAUUGUUCAUGUAAAAGCAGUAAUUACAAGUUCAUGGUUUGGCCUUUUUUAAAAAAAAAAAAAAAUUUAUACUGUCUGUUUUGGGGGUUUUCUUUCAUGUGUUUGGGAGAAACAAAGAGGUAUUACAUGUGUUCUGCAGCAGUAUUGCAGUAUUGAAAAUACCUCAAAUUGCCAGAAGUUUUUUUUUUUGUUUGUUUGUUUUUUGUUUUUCCAGCAAGUGAACGGUCGAUGUUACGUCAAAUCAGGGUACAUUUGUUGUGGAUGAUCCAGAGAAGGUGUGAGAGUGAAAUUCAUCAGCAUGUCAGAGUUAAUGUUUUAUGAAUCAGCACCUGGGAACAUGAAUGGGAAUGCAGUGACUUAAAAUAAAAAAUAUCUUAGAUUAGCACUUGGCAAAAGGGGGGUACUUUUCGGUUGCAGGCUCUGAUAUGUGAAGCGACACCUCGUUUUGUAUUAACUACGUGACAGUUCCUACCUCCGUGGUAAAUGGCAGUGAUUGUUAAACAUCGAAAGGCUUCGAGAAGUUGCAGUUAAUCUCAGUGCAAUGUAAAAAAAAUAGUUUUAAAAAUGUAUUAUCCCACAUUAAUAAAUUUUAUAAAUUAUUUUGGGAAUGACAUUAAGUCUUUUUAUGGUCAUAUUGACUCAACCUACAAGUGAACUUUUCUAUGAAAGUGCUGUGUGAGCUCUUUGAUUCUCUGUAAGCCCUCGAAUCACCACACUGCAGCUGCUUACCUGCAGGGGCUGAGAGGAUUUACUUGUUCACUGUUUGUCUUUUUGUAAUGCUUGUCGAAAGAUAUUUGUACUUUUUGAUACUGUGUACAGUGAGGACUUGGUUAAGAAUUUGUGUACCUACAGUAGCCAAUUAAACUUGGAUUUGCAGCAUUUCUUAAGCCAUUUCAUCUGUUCAGCAUGCAGUGGCCUACGUGCCUUGCUGUUACAUUAAAGUACUUACAAAUAAAUU